AACACAGAGGCCACUGAGCUGCAAGACCCAUCAUCUACAACCCCCUUGUUCCCCCUCAUCAUUUCUCAAGGACCCAAUCCGAGGCCUGGAGGGGUAUGACUCUCCUGCUGACCCCUGAAGGGAGUUUGGAGGUUCCUCUGCUUCCCAGCCCUGACCCUGCAGCCUUCUUGGGAUUGUAGCCUCCUUCCUCGAGGGAGGAAGAGAAACCCAGGCCACAGCGCCCUGGCCCGACUGGUCCUCUCCUUCAAUUCACUCUCCCAGCCACCUCCCCAGGCCUCCUGGCAAGACCCAUGCCUGUGCUGGGCCUCUCUCUGUGACCAGACCCGAGGGCAGGCGGGGAUGAUCAGACGCAGGACAGGAGAGACUGCGCCAGGACCUCCUCAUCUCCGGGGGGGAUGACUCCAGCAGAGCACCUCACUCCUUUGAAGAGCACAAAGGAAGAUGUCAGCCCAGUCCCUUCCUGCAGCAACACCCCCCACGCAGAAGCCCCCUCGGAUCAUCCGCCCCCGCCCUCCUCGUUCCAGGGCUGCCCAGUCCCCAGGGCCUCCCCACAAUGGCUCCUCUCCACAAGAACUACCCCGAAACUCCAAUGAUGCACCAACCCCAAUGUGCACCCCCAUCUUCUGGGAGCCCCCAGCUGCAUCCCUCAAGCCCCCUGCUCUUUUGCCCCCCUCAGCUUCUAGAGCCAGCCUCGACUCCCAGACUUCCCCAGACUCACCUUCCAGCACCCCCACACCUAGUCCAGUGUCCCGGCGCUCUGCCUCCCCAGAACCUGCUCCCCGGUCUCCAGUCCCCCCACCCAAGCCCUCUGGGUCACCCUGCACGCCUCUACUCCCCAUGGCCGGGGUCCUGGCUCAGAAUGGCUCUGCCUCAGCCCCUGGCACUGUGCGGAGGCUGGCUGGCAGGUUUGAAGGGGGUGCUGAAGGCCGGGCUCAGGAUGCAGAUGCCCCGGAGCCAGGUCUCCAAGCGAGAGCAGAUGUGAAUGGGGAGAGAGAAGCUCCCCUCACCGGGAGUGGGUCCCAGGAAAACGGUGCUCCAGAUGCUGGCCUGGCCUGCCCUCCCUGCUGCCCCUGUGUCUGCCACACCACCCGGCCUGGCCUGGAGCUCAGAUGGGUGCCUGUGGGGGGCUAUGAGGAGGUCCCCAGGGUCCCCCGUCGGGCCUCCCCACUGCGGACCUCUCGCUCCCGCCCCAACCCUCCAAGCAUCGGUCACCCUGCCGUCGUCCUCACAUCCUACCGCUCCACUGCUGAGCGCAAACUCCUGCCACCCCUGAAGCCUCCCAAACCAACUCGUGUCAGGCAGGACGCCACCAUUUUCGGGGACCCCCCACAGCCAGAUCUUGAUCUGCUUUCUGAAGAUGGAAUCCAAACAGGGGACAGUCCUGAUGAAGCUCCUCGGAAUGCUCCUCCAGCAACUGUGGAGGGGAGGGAAGAGGAGGGGCUAGAGGUGCUGAAGGAGCAGAACUGGGAGCUGCCUCUGCAGGAUGAACCUCUGUACCAGACCUACCGAGCAGCGGUGCUGUCAGAGGAGCUGUGGGGGGUCGGUGAGGAUGGGAGUCCUUCUCCAGCAAAUGCUGGAGAUGCACCCACCUUCCCACGACCCCCUGGACCUCGCAACACCCUGUGGCAGGAGCUUCCGACUGUGCAAGCCAGCGGCCUUCUGGAUACCCUCAGCCCCCAGGAGAGGCGUAUGCAGGAGAGUCUUUUCGAGGUGGUGACGUCCGAGGCUUCCUACCUGCGCUCCCUGCGGCUGCUGACCGACACCUUCGUGCUGAGCCAGGCACUCCGGGACACGCUCACCCCCCGUGAUCACCACACACUCUUCUCCAAUGUGCAGCGAGUCCAGGGAGUCAGCGAGCGGUCUGUGGCUUUCCGUCCUUCCAGGGAACCUGCCCUUAGGCUGCUGGGCACGCCCUUUCCUCUCUCCCGGGCCCAAGUCCUUCCUUCUACGGACCCAGUUAGUUCCCAGCCCUUCUCUGAAGAACCCGGGAGACCUGGCUCUCUGCCCCGCCCCAUUGCUUGCUUCCCCAAUUCCUUCAGGUUUCUAGCAACGCUCCUGUCCCGUGUGCGCUCUUCCCCCCACAUCAGCGACCUGUGUGACGUGGUGCAUGCCCACGCUGUGGGGCCUUUCUCGGUGUAUGUGGAUUAUGUGCGGAACCAGCAGUAUCAGGAGGAGACCUACAGCCGCCUCAUGGACACCAACGUGCGCUUCUCCGCCGAGCUGCGUCGGCUGCAGAGCCUCCCUAAGUGUGAGCGGCUCCCGCUGCCGUCCUUCCUGCUACUGCCCUUCCAGCGCAUCACCCGGCUCCGCAUGCUGCUGCAGGGCCACAGAGCAGGGGGCCCAGUCACCCUUCCUCCUUGUCCCCAGAAUAUCCUGCGCCAGACAGAAGAGGGGUCCAGCCGUCAGGAGAAUGCCCAGAAGGCCCUGGGUGCUGUCAGCAAGAUCAUCGAGCGUUGCAGCGCUGAGGUGGGGCGCAUGAAGCAGACUGAAGAGCUGAUCCGGCUCACCCAAAGGCUGCGCUUCCACAAAGUCAAGGCCCUGCCCCUGGUCUCCUGGUCACGGCGCCUGGAAUUCCAGGGAGAGCUGACCGAGUUAGGGUGCCGGAGGGGGGGCAUGCUCUUUGCCUCGCGCCCCCGCUUCACCCCUCUUUGCCUGCUCCUCUUUAGCGACCUGCUACUCAUCACUCAGCCUAAGAGUGGGCAGCGGUUACAGGUUCUGGACUAUGCCCAUCGCUCCCUGGUCCAGGCCCAGCAGGUUCCGGAUCCAUCUGGACCCCCUACCUUCCGCCUCUCCCUUCUCAGCAACCACCAGGGCCGCCCCACCCACCGGCUACUCCAAGCUUCUUCCCUAUCAGACAUGCAGCGCUGGCUAGGAGCCUUCCCGACCCCAGGCCCCCUUCCCUGCUCCCCAGACACCAUCUAUGAGGACUGUGACUGUUCCCAGGAACUGUGUUCAGAGUCGUCUGCACCUGCCAAGACUGAAGGACGGAGUCUGGAGUCCAGGGCCGCCCCCAAACACCUGCACAAGACCCCUGAAGGUUGGCUGAAGGGGCUUCCUGGGGCCUUCCCUGCCCAGCUGGUGUGUGAAGUCACAGGGGAACACGAAAGGAGGAGGCACCUUCGCCAGCACCAGAGGCUUCUCGAGGCUGUUGGACCUUCUUCAGGCACCCCCAAUGCCCCCCCACCCUAAUGCAGGCUGAGGAGGGGGCACAGAUUCGGAGACACCUACCAGUGUGGCAUGGAGAGAACAAAGCCCAUUCAUCCAUUGGAUUCACUGUCAGUGGAGAUACUACCUCUCGUGGCAACCAAUAGAGAUCGAGCUUCAGGACAGGGCAGCCAAUGAAAACGGCCGCCUGAACCCACAGCAAUAAGAAUGAAUGAGGAUGCCUUGAAUGUGUGGCCAAUGGAGACAGAGGCUUAGUGCAGAGCAGCCAAUGGGUACUGAGCUGGCUGAGCCUAUGGCCAAUGAGUAUUCCUCCUAUGCUCAGGGCCAAGGAAGACAAAUCUAGGUCAUGGCAGUUAAAAAAGGGCCUCAUUGGAGAUAAAGUCCUAGGAUAAAAUUGGGAACAGGAAUGAGCAGGAAGCCAACCAGCCAAAGAAAAUGCUGAUCUGGACCCAAGAGACCAGUAGUCACCCUGCUUGGUUCUGUAGCAAUGACUGGUCCUGUCUUUUGAGUCUGGGAAAUACUAGUUUCCAUUCCUGGGUGCUUCCUGUGCCCUCUCAAGCCAGUUCUUCUCUUCCAGAAGAAUUCAGAGUGUGUGUCUCAGAAAAUCUGUGUGUGUGCACGUGCAUGUGUAGAUAUGUGUGUAUAUGUAUCAGGGAAGGCAUUCUGCUGACUGUGGUGUGUGUGUGGUGAUUGUGCUCCUCACCCACAAACGACUGAGUGCUCCAUUUCUUCCUUUACCUCCCAUUUUUCCUAUUACUCGCUCCAAGAAAGAUGCUAAGUCUGAGCUCCAGAAGAGACUGUGCUAGGUGUGGCUUGGCACCCAGGGGAUGAGAGCCCUGAGCUCUGGGUCUCUUGGAGGCUAGGGUUCUGUGGCAGUUGCAGGGCAACGUUAUGGAGCAGCCAACAGCCUGGCAGAGGAGCCCAAGGGACUGAAGAUGGCCAGUAGCUGGGUCCUGAGGCCCCUGAAGUCUGCAGACCCUUCUCCUUGCCCCAAACACUGGCCUCCAUAAUUCCUGCCUGCAGAUCUCCCAACUUGAACUAUAAUCCACCAGCCAGCCUCAGCCUUGAGCUUCGGAACCACAUUAGAUCCUGCAUCUGGGUGAAGAAACAGGAGCUGUGGACCACAGGCCAGCCAGUGAACCUCCUGGGCUUUCUUGCCUUUGUCCUGAUCCUCUCACAGAAACACUGGGCCAAAUAGUGGGGAGAGAUUGGAGGGUGGGUGUGGCUGCCCAACCCUAUCCAGAGCAUCUGCCUCCAGAUGAGCAAAUGCCUUGCAUGAUACCAGAGGAGGUGAGGGACAGAGACAGCAAGGCAGACAGUGGCUGGCAGGGGGGCCCAGGCCCGGGACAAGGCCUCCCCUUCAGCUCAGGCACAGCAACUUGCCCAGGACUGAUGCUGUCACACUGACUGCAGGAGGCACAGGGACUCUGGGAGACUCAGAGGGUGAAGAGCACAGGCAUUUGGCAUGUCCAUGACAUUGGAGACUCCCCUAGCAGGGUGCCUGACGUGGGGAACCCUCAGUAAAUAGUGGUGCAUUUGUA